AUGACCUGUGACGAGGAGAUGAACAAGGGAGAGUACGGUGAAUCAGAGAGGAAGACGCGAGGUGACGACACGAAAGAUCAACGAAACAGAUCUGUAGAAGAUGACAAGGGCAGGGGCCCAGAUGUUGAAGACGACGACAAGAUACAGAGAGAACACAGCGGAGCAAACGAUGGAGUAGGGGACCCGACGCCGGCAGCCAGAGGCUUUACCGGCAUCGAGAGAGAUGGCUUGCACUGCUGA